AGGAGCUUUUUAGAGGCAAGCGAAAUCAACGAAGAAUAUGUUGAGUACAGCAGCAAGACAGGCACACAUAUUGGCCAAGAGCCGAGUUCCAGCAGCAAACUUUGGGCUUGCUGCCAGACGUUUUGCGUCUAGCCAGGUGCAGAACGAGGCUUCCAAGGAAGACAAAGCCACAGCAGUCCCAUCACCAGAGGAUCUCGCUAAGGCGUCGCAUUUGCCACAUAUUUCAAACGUGGAGAUGCCUAACAAGGACAUCAACCUCAAGAACAAGCUUGAAAAGCCAGAUUACGAGAAAGAAGGUUAUCAGGUUCCAGAGUGGAAGAAAGCAUUUGGUGAGACAUUUGUCUCUUUGUUUCACAUCGACAUGGACAACGUCCGUGCUGGUACUAUUGGUGGUUCCAAGUACUAUUACAUGUGUAAGGAUCAAGGUCUCCAGUUCACGGACGAGGAAUUGAGCGAAACCGCUGUUUUCUGGUACGAUACCCUCGGGCUUCCACGUACCUUCGCCAUGUGGUUCCAGAUCACCACGCUGCACGUUUGGUUAUUAUUUGUACGUAUGCGUGCUAUGCCUUUCAAGAUGGGGAAGAACUACCAGCAAAAGCUUGUCGACAAGUUGUUCAAGGACAUUGAAAUGCGUUUGAGCGAGGAGAUGAAUGUCUUGAGUGGACAGAUCAGAGACUCGUACAUGAAGGAUUUCCAUUCCCAAAUGUUGGGGAUGAUUUUUUCCUUGGACGAAGCUUUUGCACAGAAAAGCGAUGACGUUUUGGCCGCUGCUGUGUGGAGAAACGUGUUUAACGGUGACAAGAAUAUCGAUAUUGUCAAACUAGAGGCCGUGGUCAGAUACAUCAGAAUGCAGCUCUACGUUUUGGACAGUAUUAGUGACCGUGCUUUCGGGUUCGGAGACUUCGAAUUUGUCGGUCCUAAUGAGACUGUCGAUUUACUCACUGCCGAAGAUAAGGCACAAUUAUUGAAAAUGACCAAAAUGAAGUUCGAACCUGAGGACGGCAAGACUUUGCCUUCCCAGAAAUCGAAGUUAUCUCUAGAUGAGUAAACCCGUUUCCUAACCUCUAGUCAUGUAUACUCUUCUCAUCCCAUUACUGCCAUGUUUAUAGCUUUAAAACGUAAAAAAAACGUGUUAACCUCCCUAUCGACUUGUAUCUUUCUUAAUUCAUGACAGACCGAGA